CAGACUGAUUUGCUUGGGCAGAACCUUUUGAACUAUACUCAUCCAGAAGAUCAAGCAUUUUUAAGGCAACAAUUGAUACCGAAAAAUUUGGAAAAAUUAUUUGAUAGUCAAUUGGAAGAUGAAAAUGGCGAACCAAGAACACGUACUGAUGAAGAAGAAAAAGAAAUUGACAGAAAAUUAAAAGAAGACAAACGCUUCUUUUCUGUGAGAUUGGCGAGAGCUGGGCCGCGUUCUGAGCCGACCACAUACGAGACGAUUUCAUUCAAUGGCAGCUUUCGUCGAGCUGAUGCAGCACCACGCGGCAUGCGGAACAAUAAUUGUCCAGCUGCAUUGCAGAUGCUUCGAAGACCGCGAGGUGGCCGAGAUGAUUCAAUUCCAUUACAUUCAAUCGGUGGCAAUGAUAUUAUUUUGAUUGCGAUGGGUCACAUUGUAAAACCGCCCGUUAUUUAUGAUCGAUUAUUUGAAGCCAGUAAAUUUGAAUACAAAACUCGUCAUUUGAUUGAUGGACGCAUUGUUCAGUGUGAUCAACGAAUAUCACUUGUUGCUGGUUACAUGGCGGACGAAGUGUGUAAUUUAUCAGCGUUUACAUUUAUGCAUCGCGACGAUGUACGCUGGGUUAUGGUUGCACUAAGACAAAUGUAUGACUUUAAUAGUCCAUAUGGUGAGUCAUGUUAUCGCCUUAUGACACGAACGGGAAAUUUUAUUUACUUGCGAACAAGGGGUUAUUUGGAUAUUGAUCGUGAUACGAAUCAAGUGCGUUCAUUUGUAUGCGUAAAUUCGCUGGUUGAUGAGGACGAAGGUAAAAAAUUGGUGAAAGAGAUGAAAAAAAAGUUCACCAUUAUGAUUCAAGAAACAGAAAUUACAUCAAAUGAACCCGAUGUACCGGCUGUUGAAAAUCCCGUUCAAUUGGAAAGGGCGAUUAUAAGCCUGAUAACGAAUUUACAUCAUGAAAAUGCAAAUGAAUCGAUCGAAUCACCAGAGACUCAAGGCUCAAUUGAUGGCCAUGAAAGUGAUACAUGCCGAAGUGUUAAGAGUCCACCCCUUGAAAUAAUACCACCGAAAGCAUCAAGUAUAAAAACGUCGAUCGUAAAUAGUUUGCCGGUGGUCAAUUCAACGAUACGGCAAGUACAACAAAAUUCAAACAGCGACACAGACGAUGACAAAACAUCAGUGAAAAAGGUAACAACAAAAGUUGUACGAACAUCAGUCGUUCAACGUAAUGCCAAUGCAAACAAUCAAAAACUGUGCGAAGAGACAAAGUCAACGAAUCGAAUAAAAACGACAAUUGCAACAGCCACAUUGAAUUCAACAACGAAACGUAUUGCUAUUGCAGCAACAUCAACAACAACAACAACAACAAUAAUACAACCAAACAGUACAUCAAGUACAUCGACUGACAAUGGUUCGCAUAAUUUUACCGAUACAAUAACCGUGAAACAAGAACAACCCGAUUCAUUUGAAGAUUCCCGUGUACCGCCAUUGCCAACGAAUUCCGGCUAUUUUGAUAUGAGCCCAUACAAUUCACAACAGUACAUGAACGACAUAGCUAGUCCAAUGGAAUGUAAACCAUUCGAUUUUCUUGGUUUUGAUCAAGCUGAUCAUUUGCAAGCCGAUCAAUGUCGAUUCCUAAUACCAGAAACGGCCAAUCAAUAUCAACCAUAUGAUACAGGUGACAUGAACAAUCGCCCAAGUUCAAAGACAACGAGCGAUACAUCAACUAACGUAUGUGGCAUCAAACGAAGUUGCAGCUCGGAAAAUUUGAACAGUACGAACAAACGGCGAUUUUAUGAUGGACCACAAAAUGGCAACGACCUCAAUAAAACCGAUGACAAAUUGUCCAUUCAACAGAUCAAUACCUGUAUUGACCAAUUAACUGAUCCGGGUUCAGUUUUACAACGUUUACCAACAACUUUUGAUGUGUUGGAUCAACAACUGAUGGAAAUUCGCGAGACCGCAUCCGAACUUCGUGAUCAAGGUACAACAUAUUCAAAUCAGCAAUUAAAUGAAAUACUUGAAGAAGGCAAAGAGCAAAGUCAAAUAUUAAACAACCUUCGACAGAGGUAUGAGAUUUGUCUGCAGGCAGUACCUGAAACAAUUGAUGAACCACUUCUUGAAAACAUUGAUGAUUGUGAUUUAAUUAGACAGUCCAGAUAGAACGAAUGAAGUGUAACACAACAAAUUCAUCGAAUUAUUGUAUAUAUAAAUAAAAUUGGAACAGAAUGCGCAAUUGUUAGCUUUAAUGUAUUUGUCUAUUUUGAAAUGAACGGAAGUGAAAAACGCAUUCUGAACAUAUCUUAAUGAGAGUCAAACCAUAUGUACUUGUAUCCAAUUGUAAUUCUGAAGAGAGAAAAAAGCAACUCUCAGCGACCAAAAAUAGCAAGUCGUUUUCAUGAUCUUAUAAUGAAAAAAAAACCGUUUUUUUCGCAUAGAAUAAGUCGCUUAAAAAGGCCGGCUUUGACUUUCACUGGUGGAUAGUAUGAAUGCGUUUUUUUGAUUGUCAUUGAAUAUAACAAAUGAUUGUACUCCCAGAUUAAAUACAAAUUCUCGUAAAAAAUGUUUGUAAUAUUGAUUGAAAAAAUUGCAUAAAAAUGUGAAAAAUUAACUUUUUUUUUAACAUGCUGUUACUCACAUUUUUCGGCUCAGAAUGCUUUUAAAUGCAGUUUUCCUUUUAAGACACCACUAAAUACAGCUUUUUUUCCUGGAAUUUGUAUCUAUUCAAAGGCACUUAUUUAUUCAAUGUUUCGAUCAUAAACUGUUUUUUUUUUGACAAGUUCAUGGUAAUCAAAACGGGUAAAAAAAAAUCAUCAGCGUUUUAAACCUAAGUAAAGAAAAUGUAAUUAUAGCCCUAAAUUAAAUCAGAAAAUGAAAAUGUAAUAAAAAUAUAUAUUUGCAUGUUGAUGUGUAUGUACAUUGUUACACUUUAUAUUGUGCAGGCUUCAACAAUGCGCUGAACAUACUAUCACAACACCAAACUUUUAUAAAAACGGAUUUUUUUUUCAUAGACGUCGACAUUUAACAACCAUAAAAUAGAAUUCUUUUUCGUUUCCAUGCAAAUCAAUUUGUAUUUUCUCAAUAGAAAAAUAAAACGCAAAUGAAUUUGAUUUGCCCAACAAAUACACAUUAGCACCAUACAGAAGAAAUGAAGAGAGAAAUGUUUGAUGUAUAUUAAGUAUAAAAUAAAUUAUUGACUAUUAUGAGAUGAAAGACGAAAUUUUAUGUGCCGCGUGCGUGUUACGCUUUAGUCCUCGUUAUUUUUCUGUACUAACAUCUAGAUUGUUGCACUUCAAUUGGAUUGUAAUAUGUUUUAAGCCAGAAAACGAUGUAUACAAUAAAAAAAAACUACACGCUAUUAA